AUGACCAGUCGAUGGGUAAAAGGUCGUUUGAAUGAUGGUAAACAGUCACGUUUAGCAAGGCGGACAACGACGACAAUAGCGCCAAUUGCAUGCCUUUUGGAAUGGGAUUCUGCUAAAUGCCAAAUUUUUCAUCAUAAACGACCGCUGUUUGCACCUAAUUUGGCAUAUUCAAAAACCACAUAUGGCUUUAUUACACCAAUUUUGCCGAUAUCAGGAAUAGCUGAGGAAGGUGCGAAAUCAAAAUCCACAUCGAUAGCACUGUUGCAUACAUCCGAAACAACGUUAACAACUGCAUUAGCAACAACUAAAUCAGUCACUCCAACUAGAACAACGAUAUCACAACUGGAACAGUCUAAGAAUUUGGCUCAGGAACAAGAACAGAAACAGAAACAGAAACAGGAACGGGAACAGGAACAGGAACAGGAAAAUCAAGUAAACGGUGAGUUCACUGAGCGCACUCACACGUUUCUUUCUACCAUCACAACUGUAACCACCACCACUAUCACUAUCACUACUACCACUACUCCUCCUGUUAUCACUACUGCUACAGCACAUAUCACUACCACAACUACCAUCGCUGAUACCAUCACCACCACUCCUUUUAGCUUCACUCAAAAGCAUGAUAUCAAUUAUGAUAGAUUUGCUAUUCCCAAGACAAAUGGCAAUCAUAUCAUGUUGACACCAGCUUUGUUCCAUCUUAAUAACAAUGAUGAUGAUGAUGAUGAUGAUGAUGAUGAUGAUGAUGGCGAUGAGGAUGAACGUUUUGCAUUCUUCUGGCCAACUAUUUCACCAUUUCGAACACAAACUGCAAUCAUUUCCAUCCCUGAGAUAAAAAAUGUUGAAACAACGUCACCAAUAACAACAAUUCCUGCAAAAAUUUUUCAUUGGAAUAUUAUUAGCACAACAAAAAGACCAAUUCAUAGUUUAACAGUAAUGCAAAAAGGAGAUAGGCUAAAUAAGAAUAAAUAUGGGAAUUCUACGCCAAUUCUAAAUAAACCAUUAAUAAUUGAUAGUAAUGUAAGUCAAUAUAAAUAUGGUGGCAACUAUUCUAAUGAUUAUUCUGGAUAUCAUUAUCAUUCUGAUAAUAUACCUGAAUAUAAUUAUAGUUAUUUGGAUAACAAUUAUAAAAAUUAUCAUUAUCCUAAUAGUAAUUAUAGCCAUCUUCAAUAUCAUGGUAACAAUUCUAAAUGUUACGAUUAUUCUAAUUAUUCGAAUUAUUCUAAUUGUAUGAAUGCUACUACAAUUAGCACUUUUCCUGCAUCAUCGCCAUCCCAUCGUUCACUUCCUUUUACUGCACCAUCGAUCACCAGAAUUAUGCAAAUUUCCAGUGCCAUCUCGCAGCAACCUGAUCGAAAUUAUUUUGAAGAUUUAUGGAACGAUAUUGCUGGACCAUCGACACCUAUUAUUAUAAAUAGUGAUCAGAAAGAAUCAACAACGACAAUACCAUUAUCAUCUGCUAUUACCAAUACUAUUAAUAGUAAUCGAUCAACCAAGCCAUUAACUUUUGACACCACCGUACAUACCUCAUUACAUAAAGGCAUAACAUCUCAAAAUGAUGAUGGUAAUAAUAAAAACUUAAGGUCAACUACGCCAAAAUUAGCACCUUUUUUGCUGAAUAUUUCAACUAAAUGGUCAUUAGAAGAGGGAAAGAAAAGAAUAAAAGGGCCAGAAGCUAAGAAUUUGGGUAACAUUCAUUCACAAAAUAAACCACAACAAGUGCUCACUGUAUCUACCGUAUCAUCAUCCUCUACCUUUAAGCAUCGUAUUCGUACAACAUUGGUAAGCCAUACCGUUUAUGCAGUUAGACCAACUACUCCUAUGGGUGAAGUUAUCACGGAUACAAUUAAGGUUCCCACUACACCGACAGAUUUUCCACGUACAGCAUUGAUUUCAAUAGCAUCGUUAUCUGUGAUUAUUAUCAUUGCCAUCGUUGUUUUUUGCGUUUUCAGACAAAGUGGUCCAUCAACCGAUCAGUAUCCGAUGGUUUGUAGUGGUAAACAAUCCGGUUACGCUCCAAUACCAGCUGAACUGUCACCGCCAAUGAUGCGUGAAUCAUCGCGACAGAACGCCGGUCCGUUCUUUCACAAUCGGAUAAAUCAACUUGACGGCUAUCAACCGAUCAAAGGUGCUGUGAUACCAAAUGGAAAUAACAUGGCGAGUAAUGUCAAAGAUAAAAAUGAUAUGCUUCAUAGUUUUUUGGAAGGGUCAAAGUUCGAUCAGUUUAGGAAAAAGAAUGAGAUGAAGGAGGAAGAGGAGCAGGAAGGGGAAGAGGAAGUGGUGGAGGAGGAGGAAGGGGAAGAGGUGGAGGAAGAAGAGGUGGAGGAAGAGGAAAUGGUGGAGGAAGAGGUGGAGGAAGAAGAAGAGGUGGAGGAAGAAGAAGAGGUGGAGGAAGAGGAAGAGGUGGAGGAAGAAGAGGUGGAGGAAGAGGAAAUGGUGGAGGAAGAGGUGGAGGAAGAAGAAGAGAUAACAGCUAUCGAAAUGCCCUUCAGGCGACCUUUAGGAGAACGAAUUGAAAAUCAAACUUUACCAAAUUUCAUACGGCCACUUCAAGACAAGCGUGUAGUGGUUGGACAAAAUGUGCUACUUGAGUGUCAAGUUGCAGGUCAUCCUGAUCCGGUUGUGAAAUGGCUCAAAGAUGAUCAUGAUGUUACACAGUGUCCUGAUUAUGAAAUUUCAAGCGUCGGUGUCAAACAUCAUUUAGCAAUUAAAAAUGUUCAAGCAUCCGACAACGGUCGUUUUACGGUUCAGGCAAUGAAUGCAGCUGGUAUUAAGCAAUCAACAUGCAUGCUUAUUGUAGCACCGGCACCAACACCAGUUCCUGGUGCAAAAAGUGUCGCAAACUCACCAGCUCCACCACAAACACCAAUUGGUCCAUCAGCGCCAAUCUUUUUGAAAGAUUUAAAGAAUUCACCAUUAAAACCUGGUUCACAAAUUAUAUUAGAAGCACGAGUUGUUGGUUGUCCGGAACCACAGGUGGAAUGGCUAAAAAAUGGAUCAUUACUUAAUAACUAUCGCGCGAAGACAGAAUAUGACAGUCGGACAGGUAUUUGUGCAUUAAUUAUACCUCAAAUGUUUGCUGAUGAUAUUGGUGAGUAUACGUGUCGAGCGACAAAUGCGCAUGGAAUUGCUGAAUCUUCCGCACAGCUGAUGUCACGAGAUGAAUUCGAUAAAUGGUUUUAUGAGCAACAGUCGUUAAUUACAAGUGAAAGGAAGCAAGCUAUGCUUGCACAAUUUCAAAAACAAAGGCCUGAACGGCCAAUUUCUCGGACAUUGCAACAACGACAAACUAUUGUACAACGUCCAGCAGCUGUUAUACAACAACGUCAGAUGAAACACUUUCCUCAAAAUGGCAAUUUUGAUUGUGAUAGUAUUACUGAAAUUCCUCUGGGUCUCAGUGAAAGUGAAACAGAGGCGGAACUUGCAUCAAUAGAUUCUCGAGGUUUUGGUGGACCACCUCGAAUGCAAACCCCGCUGAAAGGAUUACGAUUAACAGAAGGCACCGAUGCUCUCUUACAGUGCAGUAUUACAGGAAAUCCUAAGCCUAAGAUAACAUGGUUAAAGAAUGGAAAAAUUGUUGAUUUGAUUAAUUCAAAUGGGAUCACGACUAUAUUCAAAGGAUCGCUUGCAUUGAUGAAAAUCUCAUCGGUGGUACCCAAAGAUAGCGGUGAAUACACGCUUAUCGCAGAAAAUUAUUACGGAAAGGUUAAAUUUUGA